UGUGCUGUUUGCUUUGAGUUGCUAUCGUGAUGGUAAAGUCCGUUAAGAUUUCUUUCGUACAUAACCCGUUUACUGAUUAUUCUGCCCUUCCAUGUUCUUGUAGAUCACUCUUUACUGCCCUCUUGGUGAUCUAGGAGGUGCCAGUUUUCUCUCGGACUCCGUGCUGAAGAUGGAAGACUACGAAUGGAAACCGCCGUCUGAGGCGGAGCUAAAGGUUCUCGAAGCUAGGCGAGAACGAAUGGACAAGAUUAGCGGCAUUAUGGGCGAUUAUCUUCUGAAAGGAUACAAAAUGCUCAGCGAGGUUUGCGAUGUCUGCAGCACCAUACUCCUUGAGGACCGCCAGCGCAGAUCGUACUGUAUCGCUUGUUCAGAGGUGGACACGAUGGAGAACGUCAAAGACAACCCAGUUCUCUCCGAUGUGGCAGCACAGCGCCUCGUCGAGGAACGGCAAGCAAGCUCAGAGUUGACUGCCCCUUCUCGGAGCACACUCUCAGAAGAAACGCAUCACAAUACUGCACCACCACUGAUCCCGCGCAGAGCCACAACAGUCAUCUCAAGCAGUGCCUCUGUGCCCACAGCACCUGUGACCGCCGAAAACAUGACACCAUGCAUUUUAGCAUCGCGAGACCCAGGGUUGUGCAGGAGCCAGCAGCAGAUGGUGGAGAAUGCCUCAAUGCCUCCCGACUCGACGCAUCGAGAACAGGAAGUUGUGGCAGCCAUGCAAGCUGUUCAGGGAAAAAUGGUCUGGGCCACGCAGGAACUGAAAAUGUGCUCCAGUGUUGAGCUAUCAAUCCAGAUGUGCAACCUCAUCAAGACGUGUGCGGAGGCCAUCACUGCCUUGAAUGACUUGAGGUCUGCCGAUGCAGGGCCAGAGUGCACUGGCAGGCAAGGCAGGUGUGAAUGAAAACAUUUACGGCAAAGUUUGGUCGUUCUGAAUAAAUAUGCAUGGAAAUUUUGCUGUUAA